CUCCGGGCUGCCCGUGGCGCGCCGGCGCCUGCGCAGUCACUUCCGAGCUCUCCGACUGGGAUGGCGGCCGUUUUGGAGUCGCUGCUGCGAGAGGAGGUGUCGGUCGCGGCCGCCGUGCGCUGGGUCGCGCGCAGCGCCCAGAGUUCCGAGGAUGAGCCCGCGCUGCGCUCGCUCCGGCCGCUGCGGAAGGAAUUCGUGCCGUUCCUGCUGAACUUCCUGAGGGAGCAGAGCAGCCGCGUCCUCCCGCAGGGCCCCCCCACGCCCGCCAAGGCCUCGGGCUCCUCGGCGGCGCUGCCCGGGAGGCCGGGGGCCGCGGCGCGGGGCGGCCGCGGGGCGCGCAGCCAGCUCUUCCCCCCGGCCGAGCCCGCGAGCGCCGCCGACGCCUCCCCGGCCCCCCCGGCCCGGCGCGGGGGCAGGAGGCGGGGCCCGGGGCCGGCGCGCGAGCGAGGAGGCCGCGGCCCGGGGGGCGCGGAGGAGGGAGCCGGCGGGGAGAGCGCGGCCGCGGCCGGGGGCCGGAGGUCUCGGGGCGCCGGCAGCCCCGGCAGCCCCGGCCCGCCCAACCUCGGCAACCUGGAGGAGUUCCCUCCCGUAGGCUCGGUGCCCCCCGGCCCCGCAGGGACGAAGCCUUCGCGCAGGAUCAACCCAACUCCGGUGAGCGAAGAGCGGUCACUCUCCAAACCCAAGACCUGCUUCACCUCACCCCCCAUCAGCUGUGUCCCCAGUUCCCAACCCUCAGCCCUGGACACUAGCCCGUGGGGCCAUGGCCUCCCCCCCGGGUGCGGAAGUCUGCAAGAGGAGCGGGAGAUGCUCAGGAAGGAGCGCGCUAAGCAGCUGCCGCAGUCACCCACCCCCGCCUGUCCCACUCCAGCGUCAGGGUCUCCCCUGCCUGACCGGACGGGACACCUGGCCGCCGAGCCUGCCGACCCAGCCAGGGUGUCUUCCCGCCAGCGCCAGCGCCUGCGCCUGGUGGCCCUGGUCUACUCGGCCGUCAUGGCGGAGAACCUGGUCCCAAACCUCUUCUUGGAGCUUUAUUUCGUCCUUCAGCUCCUUACUGCCCGGAGGAUGGUGGCCACCGGGGACAGCCAUCCCGACCCCGGUCCCGGCGCCCCAGACUCCGUGGGGAGCCCGCUGUUCCGGAACGUCCACGACUGCGUCUUCUUUGCUGUGCAGGUUUUAGAGCGUCAGCUUCAAGUCCUUUCCUACCUGGACAAAGGGACCUUGAAGCUGUUGGCUGAGAACGAGCGGCUGCUGUGCUUCUCACCUGCCCUACAGAGCCGUCUCCGAGCCGCCUACGAGGGCAGUGUUGCCAAGGUGUCUCUGGCGAUGCCCCAUUCUGCUCAAGCUGUCUCCUUUCAGCCAGAAACCGACAACCGUGCCAACUUCUCCAGCGACCGCGCCUUCCAUACUUUUAAAAAACAAAGGGAUGUUUUUUAUGAGGUGCUUCGCGAGUGGGAAGAUCACCACGAGGAGCCAGGCUGGGAUUUUGAGAAGGGCUUAGGCAGCCGCAUCAGAGCCAUGAUGGGCCAACUCUCUGCAGCCUGCAGCCACAGCCACUUUGUUCGACUUUUCCAGAAACAGCUUCUCCAGAUGUGCCAGGAUCCAGGGGGGGCUGCGGGCGUGGUCCUGGGCGAGGCCCCGGAUGUGUUAAGCAUGCUUGGCGCCGACAAGCUGGGGCGGUUGCGGCGCCUCCAGGAACGGCUCCUGGCUCCUCAGAGCAGUGGGGGGCCCUGCCCACCCCCUACCUUCCCAGGAUGUCAGGGCUUCUUCAGGGACUUCAUCCUGAGUGCCAGCAGCUUCCAGUUUAACCAGCACCUCAUGGAUAGUCUGAGCUUGAAGAUCCAGGAGCUCAACGGCCUCACCCUGCCCCAGCCAGAGCCCAGCGAGGACGAGGGGGAGUCGGAUGUGGACUGGCAGGUCAGGCAGAAUGGGGGUGAGCGGAGGCAGUUUGCGGUGGUGAUGCUCAGCCUAAGGCUUCUGGCUAAAUUCCUGGGGUUUGUGGCCUUCCUGCCAUACCGGGGACCUGAGCCACCCCCGACUCGUGAGCUUCAGGACUCGAUUCUGGCCCUGAGGAGCCAGGUGCCGCCAGUCCUGGACGUGCGGGCCCUGCUGCAGCAGGGACUGCAGGCGCGCCGGGCGGUGCUCACGGUGCCCUGGCUGGUGGAGUUCCUCUCCCUGGCUGACCACAUCGUCCCGCUGCUGGACUACUACCGCAGCAUCUUCGGUCUCCUGCUGCACCUGCACCGGAGCUUGGUCUUAUCAGAGGAGAGUGAAGGGGGCAUGUGCUUCCUCAACAAGCUGCUGCUGCUGGCUGUGCUGGGCUGGCUUUUCCAGAUCCCCACGGUCCCUGAGGACUUGUUCUUUCUGGAGGAGGGUCAGGCGGAUGGGUUGGAAGUGGACAUAGAAGCCUCUGGUCGUGGCUUGGACAGCGUGCCCGUGGUGGAUCAGCACCUGCUCUACACCUGCUGCCCCUACAUCGGAGAACUCCGGAAACUGCUCGCUUCCUGGGUGUCGGGCAGCAGUGGGAGGAGUGGGGGCUUCGUGAGGAAGAUCACCCCCACCACCACCACCGGCCUGGGGGCCCGGCUUCCCCAGACCAUCCAGGGGCUGCAGGCCCAGCUCGCUCAGGCCUUCUUCCACAACCAGCCUCCUUCCCUGCGCAGGACCGUGGAGUUUGUGGCAGAGCGCAUUGGCUCGAAUUGUGUCAAACACAUUAAGGCCACGUUGGUGGCGGAUCUGGUGUGCCAAGCAGAGUCACUUCUUCAGGAGCAACUAGUGUCGCCGGGACAGAAAGAGGGAGACCCGGCCCAGCUGUUGGAGAGCUUGUGUUCCCAGCUGUGCCCCCACGGGGCCCAGGCACUGAGCCAGGCACGAGAGUUCUGCCAGAAAAAGAGCCCUGGGGCUGUGCGCGCGCUGCUGCCUGAGGAGACCCCUGCAGCCGUUCUGAGCAGCGCGGAGAACAUUGCUGUGGGGCUUGCAACAGAGAAAGCCUGCACCUGGCUGUCGGCCAACAUCACAGCGCUGAUCAGGAGAGAGGUGAAGGCGGCGGUGAGCCGCGCACUCCGAGUCCAGGGUCCAGAGCCGGCUGCCCGGGGGGAGCGGAGGGGCUGCUCCCGUGCCUCUUCCCUAGCUGUGUGUGCUGCCAUCUCCCCUCUGCCUCAGCCCCAACCUCAGCCCCAGCAUGAUAGCUCCUCCCUCUGCUCCUGCCCACACCAGGAUGUGCUCGCUCUGGCUGCUGGGCCUCGAGACCCUGAGGAGGGUGUUUCCCCAGAGCACGUGGAGCAGCUCCUGGGCCAGUUGAGCCAGAUGCUGCAGUGCCGCCAGUACCUAUGUCCACCUGCCGAGCAGCACCUGGCGAAGUGUUCUGUGGAGUUAGCCUCCCUCCUUGUGGCCGAUCAAGUCCCUGUCCUGGGGCCCCCGGCACAGCAUCAGCUGGAGCGCGGACAGGCCAGGAGGUUCCUGAACAUGCUGCUGUCCUUGUGGAAGGACGACUUCCAGGUGCCCGUGCCACUCCAGCUGCUGCUGAGCCCGAGAAACAUGGGGCUCCUGGCAGCCACUCGGCCAAGGCAGUGGGAUCUGCUGCUGUUCUUGCUCCGGGAGCUGGUAGAGCAAGGCCUGAUGGGACGAGCGCAGAUAGAGGCCUGCCUCGGCAGCCUCCGGGAGGCCCAGUGGCCAGAGGACAUCUCUAAAGAACUGGCAACUCUGUUCAGCCUGUUUUUAGCUGAGCCUCACAUCCCAGAACCCCAGCUACGAGCUCGUGAGCUGGUACAGCCCAACCGGGGGACUGUGCUGGCCCAGAGCUAGGACUACACGAUGGCCCUGCCGGGGGCCUCUCACCACAACCCUGGAAGCCCUCCUCAUGUCUCAGGAGGCGGCUCCGGAGCCACCCCAAGUGCCACUGCUGACCCUUGGCCGGAGCAAGAGCAGCUAAGCCUGCAGCCAGGCUCCUUGCUCACGUGUGAAGAAGCGCGUGGCCAGCUGGUCCCUGCUGAUUGGAGGCUGGCCAGGAGUCCUAGAGGAAGGAGGGGCCGACUGGCUCAGGAGUAUGGCUGAAACGCCUGGACUCCAGCCCUGGAGCAGAAGAGUCGGCCAUUACCACUUGGAUGCUAAACGAUUGACGUUUGGGCUUAGAGCCCCACUUGCUGCUAGCCCCUAGCAUUUCUUAAAAUGUGGUGGUUCAGGAAAUCAUGUCAGAGGCAAAAAUUUUUCUGCUUAACUUGUAACCAAGUUAAAGGAUAACUUUUGGGAGUCUUCAUCUUCUACCACUGGGAGCUGUACUGCCACCUCCUUUUAAGAGCACGACAGAUAUGGAGCUCACCUGACAGAAAUCUGCUGCUCUGUACGUCCCCUGCCUCCAGCCCUAUGCAGGUCUGAUUCUCAGAGCAGCUCCUGAGGGAAGGCCAGGUGUGGGAAGGACAGGAGAGCUUUUUAAAAUAAACUUCUUUACUGGGG